CGGUGCGGGGGCCAUCGGACAUCUUGGGCCGCCCCGCGCAGAGCGGGGAGCGCCGCCGCCGGGACCCGGGGCGGGAGCACCCCGCCGCCGUCCCCGCGCCUCCCGCCCCCCCGCCCCGGCGCCGGCUGCCUUCCCCUCCCCCGGGCUGCUCAGAGCAUCCCUCCUCCCCUCUUGCAUUUGUCUUAAUUCUUCUCAGAGACAAGAUGGCAACGCCGGCGGCGGUAAACCCUCCCGAAAUGGCAUCAGAUAUUCCUGGAUCAGUGGCCUUGCCAGUAGCACCAAUGUCAAGUGGACAAGUGAGAAUGGCAGGAUCCAUGCCUUCCAGAGGAGGAAAGCGCCGCUCUGGGAUGGACUUUGAUGAUGAAGAUGGGGAGGGGCCCAGCAAAUUUUCAAGGUAUGAUGGUGAUCAAAUCUCUGGUGAUAAGGAAAAGUUUGCAAGGGAGAAUCAUAGUGAAAUUGAGAGACGCAGAAGAAACAAGAUGACACAGUACAUCACCGAACUGUCUGAUAUGGUCCCCACUUGUAGUGCAUUGGCUCGUAAGCCUGACAAGUUGACGAUUCUUCGGAUGGCUGUUUCACACAUGAAAUCAAUGAGGGGCACUGGGAACAAAUCUACUGAUGGAGCUUACAAGCCUUCGUUCCUUACAGAACAGGAACUGAAACAUCUUAUCCUGGAGGCUGCAGAUGGGUUCCUGUUUGUAGUUGCAGCUGAGACGGGAAGAGUGAUCUAUGUAUCAGAUUCUGUGACUCCUGUGCUGAACCAGCCACAGUCUGAAUGGUUUGGCAGUACUUUGUACGAGCAGGUUCAUCCAGACGACGUGGAAAAGCUGCGAGAGCAACUAUGUACAUCUGAAAACUCUAUGACAGGACGAAUCCUGGAUUUGAAGACUGGAACAGUAAAGAAGGAAGGUCAGCAGUCCUCAAUGAGAAUGUGCAUGGGAUCAAGGCGCUCUUUCAUUUGCAGAAUGAGGUGUGGAAAUGCUCCUCUGGAUCAUUUACCUCUGAACAGAAUAACCACCAUGAGAAAAAGAUACAGGAAUGGCCUUGGCCCAGUAAAAGAAGGUGAAGCACAAUAUGCUGUUGUCCAUUGCACUGGCUAUAUCAAGGCUUGGCCACCAGCAGGAAUGACUAUACCAGAAGAAGAUGCUGAUGUGGGACAAGGUAGUAAAUACUGCCUCGUGGCAAUAGGAAGGCUUCAGGUGACCAGCUCUCCAGUGUGCAUGGACAUGAAUGGCAUGUCGGUCCCCACUGAGUUCUUGUCCAGGCACAAUUCUGAUGGAGUCAUUACCUUCGUCGACCCAAGGUGCAUCAGCGUCAUUGGCUACCAGCCCCAGGAUCUUCUGGGGAAAGAUAUUUUAGAAUUCUGCCAUCCUGAAGAUCAAAGCCAUUUGAGAGAGAGUUUCCAACAGGUUGUGAAACUGAAAGGUCAAGUCCUGUCUGUGAUGUAUCGUUUUCGCACCAAAAACCGGGAAUGGAUGCUUAUCAGAACCAGCAGCUUCACAUUUCAGAAUCCUUACUCUGAUGAGAUUGAAUACAUCAUCUGCACCAACACUAAUGUAAAGCAACUGCAGCAACAGCAAGCAGAACUUGAAGUACAUCAAAGAGAUGGGCUGUCAUCCUAUGACUUAUCUCAGGUGCCUGUUCCAAGUAUACCAGCUAAUGUUCAUGAGGGUGGAAAGUCUGUGGAAAAGCCUGAUGCUAUCUUCUCCCAAGAGAGAGAUCCUAGAUUUGCUGAGAUGUUUGCUGGAAUAACUGCUUAUAAAAAAAUGAUGGCCUCAGCAUCAACAGCAGGAAACCAGCAGCUUUACUCACAAGGAAGCCCAUUUCAGCCAGGACAUUCAGGAAAGACUUUCAGUUCAUCUGUGGUACAUGUGCCUGGUGUGAACGACAUCCAGUCUUCUUCUUCAACAGGCCAGAAUCUGACACAGAUAUCUCGCCAGCUAAAUCAGAGUCAGGUUGCCUGGACAGGAAAUCGCCCACCAUUUCCAGGACAGCAAAUUCCAUCGCAGUCUGGCAAGGCUCAGUCAUCUCCCUUUGGGAUUGGAACAAGUCACAACUACCCACCUGAUCCGUCGUCAUACAGCCCCCUUUCCAGCCCGGCCACCUCUUCUCCAAGUGGCAAUGCCUACUCAAGCUUAGCAAACCGAAGUGCAGGGUUUGCUGAAGGUGGCCAGAGCAGUGGCCAGUUCCAGGGGAGACCUUCCGAAGUCUGGUCCCAGUGGCAGAGCCAACAUCACAACCAGCAAAGCAGCGACCAGCAUUCACACCCCCAGCCCAGCCAGACUGAGGUGUUCCAGGACAUGCUGCCAAUGCCAGGGGAUCCAACGCAGGGUACUGGCAAUUACAACAUUGAAGAUUUUGCUGACCUGGGCAUGUUUCCACCAUUUUCGGAGUAGCUUGCAAAGCAGGAAUGGAAGUUCUUCUCCAAGGCCAUUUCAAGUGUAAUUUUGGCUCUGCUUUUUCUGUGUUGCAUUUCUAUAGAAGCUACUAAACCAGAAGACGCAUUUCUCAUGUUUUGGAUAGUGGUGUAGGGCUUGCUCUCUCCUCCUUAGGGUGCAUCAGUGCCAGCAGAGGAGCUCCAGCACUUGUUGGUGUUCAUUGACAGCUCCUUUAUUAUUAUUUUAUUGUCAUCUACCUCAGAGAUGAAAAACUUUGCUUGAUUUAAGAAAAAAAAAAUCUCUGAGUCUUAAAUAUUUGAAUGUGAAUGAUACCUAAUAUUUCCUUUGAAUGGUAAUUUUUAAAUAGAUAAUGAAGUAAUAAAGACUAACAAAGAAAAGGUAAGGUAAUUUCGUGUUACAGUGCCUACCGCUCAAUUCCAAUGCCUUGCUUUAAGCUUAAGUUUGUGAAGCAGACACAAUAUUCUGUUUUCUUUUUCUUGUAGUUUUUAGGUCACUUUGAAUGUGAGAUUAAGCAACAUAACGUAGGCCUGUCUCGCUGAAGAUUCAGCUCUGCCUUUUCUAACUUAAACUUGAAUGUGUGUACAUUUUGGUACUUUAUGUAUAUCUUGUGCUGUAUGAAGUGAUUUCCUGUACUGGUUUCUUUUGCUUUUACAAAGGGUCCAUUCUGGAGUGCACUGAAAAGUUUGCUUAUACACAUGGAGGAUUUAGGUAUCAUGGGAGUCUCCAUCACUUAACAUAGGUGUUCUUGCUUUUAAUUCAGGUGGUUCUCUAUUCAGAACAAACAUUAACUUACAUAAGCUAUUAGUCUGGUUUUGCACUGAAUCGAGGCCUAUAACUCUCUGCUUUUCUCACUGGCUGCUUUAAUUUCUAUUGUUCUUGCUUUCUCAAAAAUAUCGCCUCAUAAAAAAUGACUGUAAAGACAUCGAGAUUGCAUUUUCUAUAUUUGGUGCAUUUCCUUACUGUGAAGUACUUUUUUAUACUGUGAAACCUCACAUUUUAACAGUGCAAGGUGGUGGCCUAUUACUAGGAAAUCAUUUGCUGCCAGCAGUGAGAUGGUUUUGUAGUGUAUAAUUUUUUUAGAGUGAGUUGGUAAUAGACAUCAGUUGGACUAUUGUCCACUGCGUUCACAGAGAUAACUUGAAUUUUUGCUUGGAUUCCCAAGCAAUCCCUUCUGUUUAGCCCUGUUAAUCCUAUUCUGUUAAAUACGGGAUUUUCAGUUUACCAAGUAUGUUGAGGACUCUUGGCUAUUCUGAAUGCUGUAUGCUUUUUCUGCAGGGGUAGGUUAAUCACCUUCCUCUUGGAUGAGUCACCCACCAUAUGUCUUCAUCAGAAAUGAGGUAGAAAGUUUUUUAUUCGGUAUUUCAUAUGCAUGGUAAGUUACAGAGGUUGGGUUCUAAGGUCACCAUUUUUAUCCAGAUCAUUUCUUCUGGGACGGGAGGAGAAGGAAUUGUUCACGAUGGAACCCGGAGUUCCCACAUGCAGGUUGUUCAUAACCUUUGAGGUUGGACAGUGGCAGCCAGCCUUGGCAGAGGAGGAAGGGGACAGCUGCCCUCUGCCUUUCCGUAUUCAGGGACCAUCACAGACCUUGAAACAUCAACCCAGGGCAUAGCCCCCAUUUAGAAGGUCUCAAUGUCCACAGCAAUUCUUAGACCUCACAGCACUAGGAUCUGCCAUCUCAUAGCUCCUCUUGAAUUCUGGGGUGCCUCCAAGGGGAGGCACUGUGCACAUCACACAGUCCAUCUUGUCAGGAUAAUGCCUUGGAAAGCAGGCAGGCCUCUGUCCCACAGCCUGCUCUGCUCACACAGGUUUCAUGCUGGCAAGCAAUGCAGGUGGCUGGGCUGCAGCAAACAUGACCCAGGGACGUGGCUUUAACAGCCAUAUCGUGAUGUUCCCAUCUGGCUUUGCUUUCCUGACCUUCUCUGAGAAGAGCAUGCAGGUUUCAGUAUCCAGGAAGAGUCCUUCCUACUGUUUCAUGUGCUAAAUCUGGGACCGAUCUCUUACCCUGUGGGCUGAGGCUAAGGACUCUUUAUGUUUCUAGAUACAGUACUGGAGAGGCCUCAGAUCUCCUGGUCUGUACUUGCCUCACCAGAAUCACACUGAGAACAAACAAAAAUUUCGUAUAUCUCUUCUCUGCCAGAGAUUGGGAAAAUACCUUCUUAGGUGAGCAAGCCAUGCACUACUCUUUUAAAUCCAUGCAUGUUUAUUCUCUUGGAGCCCUCUCCCUUUCGCAUUCACGAUGAAUGACUGCUCAUUGAAUCAGAUGGGCAAAGCUCUGCUAUCCCAGAAUGAAAUUCAUUGACCUCUGUAAAUGGUGCCUAUAUGCUGCACUAGCUGAGCAAGGUGGUCAGCAUCUGUACAAUGGAGCAUGCUUUUGAAAGGGGCUGAUUGCCAGGGAGAAAGCAGUAGAGGAGCAGUUUGUAUCUCUGCACAGGAGAUGCUUGACAUGAUGUAAAUGUCACUUCUUCUAAAAUGUUUAAAAAUAUUUCUCCAUAAAGUGAAAAAUUAUUUGAAAAAAGUGCUGCUCUUCUUUUCUUUUAUUUUACCCAACAAACUGCUGUAAGUGUAGUUACAAUAUACUUUGUUCCUGAAUUCAAUCUAAAAAUAAGGUUUUUAAAGUAAUUUUCUGUAUCCUAGCAUCAGCGAUGCUAUCUUCCUCAGUGUGUCAUGAUUUUUAUACUACUGUAGAAGGCUUCGCACGUACAGCAGUUGGUUGUGCAGUUAGAAGUGCACUGUUAGAAUUUCAAGCACAUCUCUUUUUUGGUUUUGUUUUUUUAAAUACAGUAUUAGUUUUUUAAAGCCAGUACGCCUGGGGCAUCAGAGCAUGGACUGCUGCUCGCCUUGUAGACCACUCCUGCCUUUCUGGUUGGGAAAGGGGAUGGCUACUCCAUUAAGGUGCAGUCCAGAUAGUGCCAAGUUUGGGUUUUCCCUCUGAGCCAUUAUCAUCUGCCACCAGCGCUAGUGCUUUCUUCGUGGCAUUUCCACCUUCCUUGCCUUCCCUCCCAUUCCCAGCCAUCCCAUCUCCGCAGCACUUUCCCGUGCCCCAAUGGGAGGUGUUGUGGUGCCAUUCCCGAGCCAGCGAGGAGGGAGCACUUAACAAGCUUCAGGAGUUUGGCAACUCUGUGCUUCUGACCGAGCGAAUGAGCAAGUUCAGCGUUUGCUACUGCUGCUGGGCAGCCCGCGCUGCCCUCGCCGUGUGCUGCUGUCGUGUCAGUGGCUUGCUCCUCUGAAACAGCCUCAUCCCAGGUUUUGUGGCCAAAACAAGCUGUGUAGCGUUGGCUGUGCUGUAUCUUUUUAUCACGUGUUUGGUUAGUGAAGCAACUUAUUUAUCCUAUAGCUGAAGUUAUAAAGUGCAUUUGGAAUGCUAACGUUCUUAUCACGUGCCGUUGGUGUAGCUUUGCUGACACUGUGGCUGCCGGUUUCCAGAAUUACACAGGUGGUGGACUUCUUGUUUCUUUUGUGUUUUUUAAGCUGGAAAUAAAGCUGUCACUCCUGAUCGAGCUGUGUUGCGAACAUGGUGUUUCCUGACACUGGAUCUUUUGGGUUUUAAGCUGGUGAAGCAAGAAACUGCAAAUAGUAAUGGUCUGGGUGAGUUAUUUCAAUGCCCCGCAGGCAUGUAGGCUGAGAAGAUUUUAGAUACUAAAAUACUUACAUUAGUUUAUUCAGACAAGCAAUCCUGUUUAACAAGAGGGACUCCAUCACAUUACCUGUUACAAGUGCUACUGGCAGUACCUAUGGUGAUGCUUUAACCAGAUAGUUCCAUUUGUAGCUUUGUUGCCUUUUUUGUCGUUUUGAAGUACAGUAUGAAACUGUAAAUACUUCUUGCAGUACUGCCUUUUUAACUCUUAAUUACUUUGGGCACAGUGUUAAAUAGUGUUGGAUUUACCCAAUUGCUAUGACAUAUAUUUUUAUACAUAGGUGUACUCUUUCUUCGAGAAUAAUACAGCCAUUUUGUCAUUAAUGCCUUAUCAGUGUCAUACUGCUGUUGCUCUUUGUUUGCAAGGUAUCGAGUGAACUAAUUCCUACUUCAGAUAUUUUCUUGGCAGUGCUCAAGUUUGGCUUCGGAUGAUUUUUUUGCCAGAGUCCCAUUUUUCACAGUUGUUGGCUGUGAGGAGAAUGUGGACUUGGUUUUGUUUCUGUUGAAGGAGCAAAGAAAAGGUGAUGGCAUCUAAUUGUCUUUAGAAGGUCAGUCUUUUCCUACUCUAAACCGGAGUGCAUUUCAUGGAACUGAUGACUGCGGCACUGAUUACUUUGUGUAGAUUAAUAGUCUUUAAAAAUAAAAAAGAAAAUAGAGAAAAGAAAAAAAAAGAAAAAUAAAACAACUCCAAAAAUGGGCUUCUGUCAUUGUUAGGCACUUGGUUACUUAUCUGUUUAAACUCUUCAUAUUGAUGUGAAAUUGUGCUGUGGAUAAAGUGUAUUUUGUACUUCUGAAUGUUCUAUAUUUAUGACUAACAAGUACAGAAUCAGUUGUGUGUAUGUAUAACUAAUAACUGCCUUUUUAAAUUUCAUUAAAAUAAAGAUGUCAUGAGGUGUUGUUAA